AUGCGUACUUUGGCAUACCGGUUAGAAAACAAUGGAGUCGGACGUACACACCGGACUGCCGUAAAUAACGGAAUUAAAAAGCACUUUUAUUUACCAGUAUUAUAAAACAACAGCGGACAUUAAACCCAUGAAACUGUGAAACCGUCUACAAAUGAUUAAACUUUCAAAUAUACCUCUUUAUAUUGAAAUAGUGCUGAGUAACCGAGUUCACCUGCUGUGUCUGAUUGUCCUCUGAAGUGAUUCUGCGUCUUUGUCUGUAAAAUAGAAAUAAAAGAUAACUGCAGAGGAAAAUGUCAGAGGUCAGCGUACCAAAGCGCAAGGAGAAGUGCGAGAACUGCACCAACCAGUGCAACAAGAAGCAGAGUGAAGAUGGUGCACAUUCACACCUGGAGAAAGAGGAGGUCAAUGGACAGGUCCCUGAAGGCUCCUCCCUGCUGCUGAGCUCCUGUCUGUCCUGUGACGGCUGUCUGUCAGAGGAGGAGAGUCUGAAGAUCUCUCAGCAGAACCUGGAGGAGCUGGAGCGAGUGCUGGCGCUCAACAAGAAGUGUGAUGUGUCGAAGCACCGGGUCCUGGUGGCGUCGGUGUGUCCGCAGUCCCUGCCGUUCUUCGCUGUCAAGUUCGGAGUGGACAUCACAGAGGCGGCGCACAAACUCUGCGGCUUCCUCAAGAGUCUGGGAGUGCACUUUGUGUUGGACAGCACUGUGGCUGCAGGCUUCAGUAUCUUGGAGAGUCAGAAGGAGUUUGUUCAGAGGUUUCGCCGGAGGAACCACGACUCCACCGCUCUGCCCAUGUUCACCUCCUCCUGCCCGGGGUGGAUCCGGUACUCGGAGCGUGUUCUGGGCAGUUUGGUGACGCCUCACAUCUGCACAGCCAGGUCUCCUCAGCAGAUUAUGGGAUGUCUGGUCAAAGACUUCUUCUCCAAACAGCAGAAGCUGAGUCCAGAGAAGGUGUUCCAUGUGUUGGUGGCUCCAUGUUUCGAUAAGAAGCUGGAGGCGGUCAGAGAGGAGUUUUACAACAGCCUGCUGGAGAGCCGGGACGUGGACUGUGUCCUCACCUCAGGGGAGAUCUAUUACCUGAUGGAGCAGAGGAGGGUCUCAGUGGAGGAGCUGGACUCGGUUCCACUGGACCACGUGCUGGGGGAGGCCGGAGACGCGGCGCUGCUGAGGCACGAGGGCCGAGGAUCCGAAGGCUUCCUGGAGCACGUGUUCAAACACGCUGCUAAAGAGCUGUUCGGUCUGGAGGUUCAGGAGGUCACCUACAAGACUCUGAGGAACAGGGACUUCCAGGAGGUGACUCUGGAGCGGGACGGGGAGACGCUGCUGCAGUUCGCUGCGGUGUACGGCUUCAGGAACAUCCAGACCCUGGUUCACCGCAUGAGGAAGGGCCGGGUCCCCUACCAGCUGGUGGAGGUGCUGUCCUGCCCCGGAGGGUGUCUGAGCGGCCGGGGUCAGGCGGAGAGUGAUGGGGGGGGCCGUGUGGAUAAAGCUCUGGUGCAGCAGAUGGAGGACGCCUACAGCAGCCUGCCGGUCCGCCUCCCCGAGCUGAACCCCGCCCUGCAGACUCUGUACCAGGACUGGCUGCAGGGCCACGACUCCACACACACACACACACUGCUGCAUACACACUACAGCAGCCAGACACACACACAGCCCCCACACAUGCAGUGGUGAGGAGGAGGAGGAGGAGGAGGAGGAGGAGGAGGGAAUUGGACCAUGUAGUUCUUCCUUUAGGACACUAGGGGAGACAUCUGUAUCUAAGACAUGGAAGAUCUACCUGUGCCAAAACCUGAGGAGAAACGAGGGUCCGGAGACAAGACAAUACUCCCUGAGGAAGAGGAGGGAAGGAGGAGGAGCAAUAAGCCACUGUGGAAUAAAAACAAGCUUUUAGAGCCGGGCAAUAUGGAUUAAAGCUGCACCAUUAAUGGGAAUUUAAUUGAAAAUGCAAUCUGGACUAAUUCAAAAUCCAAAUAGCAGGAUGCACAAUAUUUGUUUUAAGGAUGUGAUGUGGAAAAAUAGCAUAUUGAAGUAUUGAUGAGCUGCAGAGACACCUGAUAGACUCAGGGGGCGGGACAGCUCUAAGCCGUUGACCAAUCACAACAGAGCUGAAAGAGGCGCUGCAGCACAGGAAGUAUGAGGAACAUAAAGAGCUUUCUGAACAUUAAAGCAUGGAGACAUGUCCCAGGAGAGGAGCUCCAUACAACGUACACAGUCAGAUUGCAGCAGAAACAUCAGUAAUGUGCUCAUAGUGACAGAGAAGGACUGUAAUGCAGCCUGUGAACAAGUCAAAUGUUAUUUUAAAGGACCACAUAUGGAGGUCUAUGGCCCGGCCCGACCUGGAAACUACAUGUUUGGGUAUUUCACAUCGAAGUAUCCUGAUAUAAAUCACGUUGUUGCUCCUGAAAGAUAAUAACUAUGCAACAGAGUGAUCCUCAUCUCAAACGUCCGUCCAAUAGGAGCAUUAUGUUGUAAAAGGUACCAGACGUUUCCGUUCCACAAAGUAGAGUUUUAUAAGUUGUUUGUUUGGGUGUUUUUGUCCUUUUUAGUUUUACAGAGCUCAAACAUGUGAAGUAUUCUGACAACAAGACUCUGUGGCCCCUUUCUGCUUCUGGUUACUCAUCAAACUCCCUGUUCUGAAUGUUAACGUCUGGAGAUUAUCCGAUGGGUGAGGAAUGAAUGCCACAAAAGAAAUUCCAAUUAUUGUGAAUUUAAAGUGUAUUCAUAUGUCCCAAAACUUUCUACAAGGCUCAAAACAGCUGCAAUGUGUGUGUAAAAUAAACCUUCAAUGGUGCUUCAUGGGUAAAGUGUGUAUAUGCUGAAUCCAUCAAUGAAUGAAUGAAUUAAAAAUAAAUUCAAUCAGUUUUGAAAAUAAAAUAGUUGAAAAAUUGCAAA